GUUGUAUGAUUCAAGAAGAAGACUUCCGCGGCAUCGUAGGCAGUCUGCACUGGGGUUACUUAAAAUGGAUAAUGGUAAUACAAGUCUCGAGAGUUUAAUUUUAAAGUUGCACGAUGUUCACGCCGUUAAAUUCGGGACUUUCAAGCUGAGGAGUGGAAUCUCUUCGCCCAUUUACUUUGAUCUCAGGGUCAUUGUUUCCUACCCAUCUCUCAUGAAUGAGGUGUCCAGUCUGUUAUUCCAGCGUGCUAAAGAAGCGGGGGUGAAGUUUGACAAUGUGUGUGGUGUACCAUACACUGCUCUGCCUUUGGCCACUCUCAUCUGCGCGCAGAAUGAUUUGCCAAUGCUCAUUCGUAGGAAGGAGGCAAAGGAUUAUGGAACAGGACGUAUGAUCGAGGGGACCAUUCGCCCCGGGCAGACCUGUCUCAUCGUGGAAGACGUGGUAACCAGCGGCAGCAGUGUGUUCGAGACGGCCCAGGUGCUUGAGAAGGAGGGCCUGAAAGUCACGGACGCGGUGGUGCUGAUGGACCGCGAGCAGGGAGGUGACGCGAGGCUCGCCAAGGACGGCAUCGCGCUCCACUCCGUCGUGUCCAUCUCCAAACUCCUCAGCGUGCUACUGGAGGCUGGUCGCAUCGACGCCGAAGUCGCCCAGAGCGUCAGGCGGUUCAUCGAGGAGAACAGCACCUUCAAGCCCAGCACAGAAGAGAAGAACGGCUCACCCGCGGCCAAGAAGGCAUGCACAAGCCUCAGCUACGAGGCCAGGGCCCAGCUCCCCGGCGUCCACCCCGUGGCCUCCCAGCUGCUGAAGCUCAUAGAGAGCAAGCAGAGCAACCUGUGCGUAUCGGCAGACGUGACGGACUGCGAGGAGCUGCUGCAGGUGGCGGAGACCCUGGGCCCGCUCAUCUGCGUCCUGAAGACCCACGUGGACAUCCUGCACAACUUCACUCCGGACAUCACCAGGAGGCUGAAGGAGCUGGCUGACAAGCACCACUUCCUCAUCUUUGAGGACCGCAAGUUUGCAGACAUUGGAAAUACAGUGAAGCACCAGUAUGAGGGUGGAAUUUAUCAAAUUGCGUCCUGGUCCCACAUCAUCAAUGCCCAUGCAGUGCCGGGCUCAGGGGUGGUCAAAGGACUUCAGGCGGUGGGGAAACCACUGGACCGUGGUUGCCUUCUCAUUGCCGAAAUGAGCUCCCAGGGUUCUCUGGCAACAGGGCCCUACACUCAAGCUGCCGUGAAGAUGGCGGAUGAGCACUCUGACUUCGUAUUCGGCUUCAUCUGUGGCUCUAAGAUCAGCAGCAAGCCGGAGUUCAUCCACAUGACCCCUGGUGUCAACAUGCAGUCAGAAGGCGAUUCCCUUGGCCAACAGUACACCAGCCCUCAGGAAGUGAUCUGCAAAAAGGGCUCUGACGUCAUCAUUGUGGGACGAGGUAUCUUGGCUGCUCCCGACAGGGUGAAGGCUGCUGAGGCGUAUAAAGAAGCAGGAUGGAAGGCCUACCUUAACAGACUGGCGUUAACAAACUGAAACUGACUGCCGUUAGAAAACAAACAAAUCGUGUAUCCAAAUGGUACAUUCCUGAGACACAGCAGGAAGUGCCAGAUGCUGGGAUAAUCCUUUGAAUAUCGGUUUAUAUGCUGCCUUGAAUAUGUGAAAAAUCACCUCAACAUCUUAACCCAAUGACAUUGCAAUUUCAUUUCAUUAACUGCAACUUUUCUCAGGUUGUUUUCUGUUAGUAUUAUGGUCUUUCAUUCCCUCCAACUUACUCACUUUGCAUUUACUUUGCCUUUGCGGGAACAUGGACACGUGCUGGCACUCCCUCCAUUUUUUUGUGGUUUGUAUUGCACUUAAUACUAAUGCACACAAUGCAGUGUUACAGCAACUCCUCCAAUAAAGGUUUUCUUUUUCUAAGAAAAAAAAAUGUUAAGUGUAUUU